AUGGGGAAAAGAGGCAGGAGAGGAAGAACAAGGCAACAAAAAAAAAAUGCCCUGAACUCACAGAGGAGAAACAAGGGACUGAGCCAGAGGAAUAUAUUUCAUCUGCAUUCCAGAGAAAAGAUCAAGCAAGCAAACAACAAACUUGGACAGAGAGCUAGGAAUGCAGGAAGGGACGCCUGCGUAGCUUCAUCUUGGAGAGGAGGACGCGCUCGUGCUUGUGGACCCAUGGCGGCGCCGUGGCGUGCAGAGGUUGUCAGUGAGGAUGCUGCCUGGAUCCGCCUGUCAGCCGACGCGGCGUGGGAGGGAUGA